AUGAACGGCAAGCCACUUACCAAAGAACAUGGAUUCCCUGUUCGAGUUGUGGUUCCCGGUAUUGCCGGUGCUCGGAGUGUGAAAUGGCUAGAUCGGAUCACGGUGCAGACGAUGGAGAGCUCCAACUACUAUCAACAACACGAUUACAAGAUUCUUCCGCCGGAAGCCGUUGAUAGCGAGUCGGCCGAGAAGUAUUGGGACACAACGCCAGCACUUCAGACUAUGCCGAUCAACAGUGCGAUUGCCGUCCCAGAGCCUGGAUCGAGAGUGGAAAGGUCAGCAGAAGGUAAAGUGACAGUAAAGGGAUUUGCUUUGCCAAGUGGGGAUGGCGGAGCUGUGGUCAAAGUUGAAGUAUCCGGAGACGAAGGAGUAACAUGGACAGAAGCAGAGAUCGAGCACGAUGCGGACGAGAGCAGAUGGUCGUGGAGGCUCUGGAAAGCAAACCUUUCAAUGGAGGCAGGGAGAGGGCUGAAAAUCUUCAGCAGAGCGACAGAUGCGUCAGGAGAGACACAGCCCGAAAGAUCGCAGUGGAAUCUGAGAGGCGUCGCGUACAACGGAUAUGGAGAGACGACAGACCUUGAGGUUGUGUAG